UCAUGUAUCACUCUGGAGAAAUUAUCUUCUGGAGUUGUUAUUUUUCUCUGUAAUUGUAGAUUUUUUUUUUCGUCAAAAUUUUGGGUUAAUUUUGAAGCUCUGCGGUUUCUGCAAUGGCGGAGAUUUGAUGUACAGUACUGCGUUUUUCUCGGAGGUCUUGCUCAACUGUCGCUAUUGCGUCACUCGUUUCUUCUUCUAUCUGACCUUUCUGAGAAUAAGGGUUGUGUUUUUUCAGGUUUUGUGUUAGAUUAACUAAUUUUUGAGUUCAAACUUCAUUUCCACCCUUUCUGGAUUUCACUUCUCGGCCAUUCAAAUCUACUCCUCCACAGAAAGGGCUUUUAUUGUUUGAAUUUAUUUUUCUGAUUAUUUGUGCGUUUUCUGGUUUGUAAGUUUUUUAAUCUUCUUCGAUGGGUAGGGUUUAUCGUUUUUGAGGUUUUGGUUUUCUUCGUUAUUUCCCACCUUUUUUCCGGUUCGAUUCAUUUAAAUGGAAGAAAAAGAUAGUUUUUUCGCUGGGCUCACCGUGAAGGCUAACGAUGCUCCGGAGAGCCACCAUGUAACUCCGAGAAGUGAAAACUUCGGACUGUUCGGCGGGCAUACAGGGACGGCGCCGGCCCCGGCGCCUGCACCAGCUCCGACUACGGCUCCAAUUCCAUCUCCAGCUUCAGCUCCAGUGCCUUCUUCAGUUUCGGCGCCGGAGCCAGUCAGUGUGGCGGCGGCGCCAGCGAGUACGGAUGUAGUAAAGAAGAAAAGGGGAAGGCCUAGGAAGUACGGGCCUGAUGGCAAAUUAGCGUUGGCGUUGUCGCCGAUGCCAAUUUCAUCUUCUAUUCCGUUGACUGGUGACUUCUCACUGUGGAAACGUGGUAGAGGGCGGCCAGUUGAAUCGGUCAAGAAGUCGUUUAAGUACGAAUUUGAAAGUCCAGGACCAGGUGAUGGCAUUGCAUACUCAGUUGGUGCCAAUUUCACACCCCACGUGCUUACUGUUAAUGCUGGCGAGGAUGUUAAUAUGAAGGUCAUGUCCUUCUCUCAACAGGGGUCUCGUGCUAUUUGUAUUCUUUCUGCAAAUGGAACAAUUUCAAAUGUUACACUCCGUCAACCAACUUCUUCAGGAGGUACCUUAACAUAUGAGGGGCGAUUUGAGAUUCUUUCUUUGUCUGGUUCAUAUAUGCCUUCUGAGAAUGGUGUGACAAGAAGUAGAUCAGGUGGGAUGAGCGUCUCUUUGGCAGGUCCAGAUGGUCGAGUGGUGGGAGGUGGCCUUGCUGGUCUGUUGGUAGCAGCAGGUCCUGUGCAGGUUGUUGUGGGAAGUUUUCUUCCAGGCCACCAGCAGAUGCAGAAACCCAAGAAGCAAAAGACGAAUCAUUUUUCGCCCGUAUCGUCUGGACAUUAUAAUACCAUCCCAGUUGAUGAAAUAAAAAUCAGUUUUGGAGGAGUAAAGCCUAUUAUGACUCCUGCUGCAUUUCAAGCAGACAACAAUGCUGCUGCUUUUAACAACAUCCAGGGCUCUAGCAACUCAUCUGCUGAUGACGGUGAUGAUGAUGUAACCCUUUUGCCAGAAAAGGAGUCUAACCCCAGCCAAAUCGGAUGCUAAAUGAUUUCAUUGUAAGUCAAGUGGUUUCUGCAGAAUCAACCACAUACAUCUAGGUUCACUCAUUCUUGACAUAAGCUGACAAAGAUAGCAUGUUGGCUAGUUAUGAAGACAAAACCCUAGUUGGAUGAGUGUCAGGUUGGUUUUGACUCCGAGGUUGUACUUCGGUACUUAGGUUAGUUAUGGGAUCUCUCUGUUAGAUUUUCCAUGUGUCUGUUCUGAUGUUGUAUCUCUAGUAGUGUUAUAGUGUUGUUUACUCAUUUUAUUUAGUGUCAUUGUGAUGUAGGAAAAUGUGAUGUCAUCAUCUUCCUCAUUUUGCUUAUCUUGAAUGUUUGAAAUGUGAGUGGAUGGAUGUGGGUGUUUCUGAUAUGUAACUUCAAAUAUUAUUUGUGAUGAAAGAAAAAAUUGCAUCUCAA